UGGAUUCCUCUUCCUCGUUUUUGCAAAAUCCCUCUCACCCAGCAAUCCGCUUCGCUUCCCCUUUCCUUCUUUUUGCAGAGCAAGAAAUCAACCAAGCAACCAGCCAUGGACAUGGAGGAGUGAGGAAUCGGUGGCCUUUGAUUGGGGAAAACUACUGCCGGUUCAUGGCCUUAUUCAGCUUUGCAGAGCUAUAAUAAAAACAGUGUGAUUAUUAAGAGGAUAUAGGUUAUUGUUAUGAUGUCCUCAUUUCAAGGUUAUAAUUUCUUGGAACCAUCAACUUCAAUGAUUGUCUGGUGGAGAGAUCAAUUUAGAAAACUUAUGUUCAAUUGGCACAGUAAAACCCUUAAUCUGUCAGAACUCUGGAUCCCAAUUGUGGUUUGUUUCACCAUUGGUAUAGUUGGUCUUUUGACAGUUUUGUACCUUUUCUCACUAUGGAGACGAAAGAUCAGUUUGAGCUGGAUGAAAAUGAUAGCAAGAUCAAAAAGGAAGAAUUUUGAAAGAACCCACAAGGUUCCAACUGCUGAACAUGUUUGGAGUGUAGAAUCUUUACUUCGUGCAAAAGGACUGAAGUGCUGUGUGUGUUUAGAAUCUAUUUCACCUGCUCAGCCCCUUGGGCAAAUGACAACAUCUGAGAAUAUGGUUCACCGGUGUGAUGUCUGCGGUGCAGCUGCACACAUGAUCUGUUCUUCAAAUUCUCAGAAGGACUGCAAAUGUGUUUCAAUGUUUGGAUCAAAACAUGUUGUCCAUCAAUGGACCGUACUCUGGACAGAUAUAGCUGAUCAGUCUGAAGAAGCUCAAUACUGUAGUUACUGUGAGGAGCCAUGCAGUGGAUCUUUUCUUGGAGGCCCUCCUAUAUACUGCUGCAUGUGGUGCCAACGGUUGGUGCAUGUUGAUUGCCACUCAAGCAUGGCUACAGAGACAGGUGAUAUUUGUGAUCUCGGUCCAUUCAAACGCCUUAUUCUUUCGCCUCUUUUUGUGAAAACCAGGAGCAAGCCUGGUGGAAUUUUAAGUUCCAUAACACAUGGUGCAAAUGAAUUUGCAUCCACUGUGAGGGGGCAUCUCAGGAACCGAAGCAAGAAGCAGAAGGAACAUAGCAGGGUACCUUCUGACUGUAAUGUUGGUGACAGUAAUGAUGAUUCAUCAUGUGAUACCGCAGCAAAUGCUAAUCAGAGGGCUAAGGACUUGAAAUCAUCUGGGGACAAUGUUCAGAGGAGUGCUGAGAAUGAGCAUGAUAGCAGCGAGAGUGAUUGUAAAGAAGUUAUACCAGAGCCUAGAAGAUUACACCAUGAUGAUGCUGAAGGAGCUAAACUUAAGUACAUACUGGAUGACUUGCCUGCUGAUGCCAGACCCCUUCUAGUGUUCAUCAACAAAAGAAGUGGGGCUCAACGUGGAGAUUCUCUAAAGCACCGCCUACAUUUUCUUUUGAAUCCAGUUCAGGUGUUUGAGCUGAGUUCAUCACAAGGGCCAGAGAUAGGAUUAUUAUUGUUCCGAAAGGUACCACAUUUCAGAAUCCUUGUAUGUGGUGGAGAUGGUACUGUUGGUUGGGUUCUUGAUGCAAUAGAUAAACAAAAUUAUGAAUCACCUCCGCCUGUUGCGAUUCUUCCAGCUGGCACUGGGAAUGAUCUUUCAAGAGUUUUAUCUUGGGGAGGUGGUCUAGGUGCUGUUGAGAAGCAAGGAGGCCUCUGCACAGUUCUACAUGACAUAGAGCAUGCAGCAGUGACCAUCUUAGAUAGAUGGAAGGUGGCAAUUGAAGAUAAGCGAGGAAAAAAUGUGCUUAUGGUGAAGUAUAUGAACAAUUAUCUAGGUAUCGGUUGUGAUGCAAAGGUUGCUCUUGACAUUCAUAAUCUCCGGGAAGAAAAUCCUGAAAAGUUCUAUAGUCAGUUUUUAAAUAAGGUGCUAUAUGCAAGGGAAGGUGCAAAGAGUAUGAUCGAUAGAACUUUUGUGGACUUACCCUGGCAAGUUAGAUUAGAGGUUGAUGGAACUGAGAUUGAGAUUCCAGAGGAUUCAGAAGGUGUUCUGGUUGCAAACAUUCCGAGCUACAUGGGAGGGGUUGAUUUGUGGAAAAGCGAGGAUGAUAACCCUGACAACUUUGACCCACAGUCAAUUCAUGACAAGAUGGUUGAAGUAGUUAGCAUCUCCGGAACUUGGCAUCUGGGGACACUUCAGGUUGGGCUUUCUCGGGCACGGAGGAUUGCUCAAGGACAAUCAAUCAAAAUACAAAUUUUCGCUCCAUUUCCAGUUCAAGUGGAUGGCGAACCAUGGACCCAAAACCCCUGCACUCUCAAAAUAUCCCAUCAUGGACAGGCUUUUAUGUUGAGGAGAACAAUUGAGGAGUCUCUCGGUCAUGCUGCUGCAAUCGUCACUGAUGUGCUUGAAAAUGCUGAAUCUAGUCACCUAAUCACUGCAUCUCAGAAGAGGGCCCUCCUCCAAGAAAUGGCUCUGAGGCUUUCAUAAACCCACUCUUGAAAACGGUCGCGAAGGUACUCAAUCUGCGUUGCAAGUGAUCAUGCAGUUCGAAGCUGAGUUGUCGAUACUUCAACACCAGUCUAGACAAGAAUGUCCUAAAGCAAAUUUCAGGCAGGGAGAGGCUCUGCCUGCCUGGUGUCCACGUCUCUCUUCACCAAGUAUAUAUCCACUUGUUUGUGGUGGAUGGAACCUAGGAAACAUGGGUUCAUUGCACACGUUGCACAUAUUUUUGAUUGGAAUUUCACUGUAUGCACCACCUCAGGGUAACAGUUGGUAAGCUUUUUUUUUUUGAGCUGAACAGUUGGGAAAUGGGUAAUGUUGUGUUGAACUGUUGUUGUGCAAGUUUUCUGUCUACCUUGUUGGUCGGUCUUUCUGUCUGGAAGCUCUCUGUCGAGCGCUCUGGUAUCGGGGCAUGUUGUAUAUAAAGUGGCUACUCAGAUUGAUCUUAUUUUCAACCAUACCAUUUUUUUUUGGUAAA